GCCAAAGUCGAUUUCAUCUGAAUCAGAACUUGCGACUGCCUCGAAAACCAGUCAACAAAAAGUAUGCUUUAGUAUGACCGUAGAAUCCUAUCCUGGUGAAUCAUCGGGUUCCAUCAAUGAAAGCGUGGCUUUGUGUACGCCAUCCUAUGGCUAUCCAGCUGUGGCGAUACGUAAGCAUGGUGCUGCGUCCAGUAGUAUAAAAGACAAAGACUUCAUAUAUUCUGUGCACAGAGUGCCUAAGCGACACGUACCUACCAGGAGACCAAAACACGGUCUGCCUUUAUUUGGAAUUUUAGCACUUCAAAAACAAAAAUCAGAAAUGGCAUCUACAACAACAAAAGCGCUUACCAAAUUGGUGAAAAUAAACACCCCAAUCAAACGAGUCGUAUCAACGUCGACGUCCAGCCGCCAGGGGGCGCAGGUGCUCGCAGUAGGAGCAGACAUUGCAGGAACGUGUCCAUUUAGAAGUACUUUUGAAACAAUAGAUAAUAUGAUGAGUAGACCGCAGCAAACAGCAGCGAUCCAAGUGGAAACCCCAGUCAUUGAAAACAAAGUACAGAACUACGAUGCUAUACCCGGACCAAAAGGCCUACCACUUAUUGGCACUUUGUUCGAUUACUUGAAGAAAGACGGUCUCAGAUUUAACAAAAUGUUUGAGGCAUACAGAACAAGAGCUUUAGAAUUCGGACCAAUCUACAAAGAGAAAAUAGCUACCAUUUCAACAGUUAUCAUCAGCGAUCCAGACGAGUACAGCAAAGUGAUCCGAGACGAAGGCAAAUACCCAAUGAGACGCGAGAUGGAACCCAUGGCUUACUACAGGUCCAAAAAUGGGAUCGGACUUGGUCUUGUCAAUGCACAAGGAGAGGAGUGGCACAAAUACCGGACAGUGGUCAGUAAGAAGAUGCUGAAGAUGAAAGAGGUAUUGGACUACUGUGGAAGCAUGGAUACAGUGGCUGAAGAUUUUGUCCAACAUCUGAAAGACCGGAGCACCACCAAACACGAAGUGCCAGUCCUGGAGAAGGAGAUCUUUAAAUGGGCAAUGGAAUCCAUUGGUACAUUCCUGUUCGAGGAGAGAAUAGGCUGCUUUGGAAGCCCAACCCCGACACAAGCACAGAGCUUCAUCGAUAACCUGCAAGGUUUCUUCAAACUUAUGCAACCCCUCAUGUACAACAUUCCCCUCUACAAAGUCAUGCCGACGAAGAUGUGGAAACAGUACGAAGCUUACGCUGACAAUGUUAUGAAAAUCGGCAGAUCUUUUGUUGAUAAGAAAGCGAAGGCUCUGGAAGGCGUUGUUCCUAAAGAGAACGAAAAGGUGUCUUUCCUAACGUACCUUAUGUCACAGGAGUCCCUCACCCCGGAUGAUGCCCUCUCUACAGCGGUCGAUCUGCUUGUUGGGGCCACGGAAACGACCUCCAACGGUUCACUGUGGGUGAUGUAUUGCUUGGCUAAGAAUCCGACAGUACAGGAAAAGCUGUUUCAGGAAAUCCAGAAUGUCCUCCCUUAUAAGGAGGCCAUCACCCCGGAAACCCUCAACAAGUUACCCUACAUCAAAGCUGUCAUCAAGGAAACGUUCCGGUUAUACCCAAUCACUUUCGCCACCAGCAGAUUUGUACAAAAAGACAUCGAAGUAGGCGGAUAUAACCUACCCGCUGGCACCCACGUCCAGGCUAAUUUAUACGGGAUGUUCCGAGAUCCCGAGUACUUCCCCGACCCGGAGGAGUUCCGCCCAGAGAGAUGGCUAAGGGAGGCCAACAUGGAGUCUAACAUCAAGGCACUGUCUAACCUUGUAUGGGGGCACGGAGCAAGGAUGUGCAUUGGCCGCAGGUUUGCCGAGCAGGAGAUGCACAUCAUGUUAUCCAAGAUGGUACAGAACUUCAAGAUCGAAUACCAUCAUGAAGAUAUUGAACCAGUUCUAAACACUGUGAUGACCCCGGACAGACCUCUCAAGCUUUCAUUCGUACCGAGAGAAUCUGAAUGUUUAUGAAAAUCGCGACGGGCAUCAGCAUCAUUCAAACCUUCGACUGUGAUAAUUUGUAGCAUCUUUGUACACGACAGACAGAUGUGAUGGACAAUACGCGUGUUACUGUAGGACUGAAUUCAGAGGGUCCAAGAUGUUUUUAUAAAUAAUGUGUUUGAUAACAAAGAACACAGCAGGCGACCGAUUUUGCUUUCUCAUUCAUGUUGGCGCCAGUUAAGCAGCUUAUAUAGGUUUAUUGCAGACUUAGGACUCCGGGAUUGGUCUGCUGGGUGCCUUCGGUAUGACGCUACUGGAUUUAUUCGAACUUAGAUAGUCCUCCUUAGCCAGUUCUCUACUAAAUAUAGCAAGAGUCACAGCAGGCCUUUAUCGGGGAUCAAAUACAGAUCCUGCAAGAUUUGAAAGAAAUUCCAACUUUUUCAUCUUUUAUGAAUGGGAGGUAUUUUAGAACAAGAUGUAAGUACUGAUGCUGUUACGUGUUAAAGAAAGCGACAGUAGAGUUGACACGAAUAUAUAUCAGUAUAGUCUUCUCCCAUGUUGCUUGUUGAAUAUUCAUAGUUUUUUCCUUUAUAAAUCUUUCGAAAUUUCCUUUUGUAAAGGUUAAAUGAUAAUGUGAAUAUAUAGUAUGCAAGAACAUUUAAUAUAGAAACAAUGAAAUAAUGCCGCGUAAGUAUUUCAGCGGAAGUUGUAUUUCAAUACCUAGUAAAAACGCAGAUAAAGACGAUGGUUUAUGUAAAUGGACCCUGCUUCAGUUUUAGCCUAACGAUUUCAAAAACUGUCAAUAUUUGAACAUUUCUCAUUUUCUUACUUUCUAUUAAUUCUUUGGCAAAUUUACUUCACUUUUAAGAAAGAAACUUUAUCUGGGGAUUUUAAGUGAGAUGUAGCUUUUUCCUGAUUGAUAGUUAAUAUCAGUAUUUGCAUUGCAUAUACUACUACUUAGAAUGAUCUUCAUGGUAUUGUUUAAAAACACUGAAAUAAUUAAUCCUACGUAUAUUUCUAGCAGGAAAACAAACCAUUCUAUUUCUUCUAUACAUAUCAAAUGAUAUUUAUUCUAUAAAUCUGUAUCUAUAUCUCAGUAUCCCUAACGUUAUUUAUCAGACAUAUUUCAUUAAAAAAAUGACCUACGACAUACGAGCAAUUAAAAUCUUUUGAAACAAAAAUGCGUUUGUGUAUUUCAAUGACAACCUGCAUUUUAACCCUGCAGCGAAA